GGCCGGGAGGGCGCGUGUGGAGCAGCGACGGCGCUACAAACGACAUUUCCAAGGUUUUUGGAGAAAAAUAAUGAUUUCAGAGCCACUCGGUUCUCCCUGAUGGAAACCCUUCACCUCAGCGGCUUUGACCUCACCACCCAAACCCUUCACCACAGCGGCUUUGACCUCACCACCCAAACCCUUCACCUCAGCGGCUUUGACCUCACCACCCAAACCCUUCACCACAGCGGCUUUGACCUCACCACCCAAACCCUUCACCUCAGCGGCUUUGACCUCACCACCCAAACCCUUCACCUCAGCGGCUUUGACCUCACCACCCAAACCCUUCACCUCAGCGGCUUUGACCUCACCACCCAAACCCUUCACCACAGCGGCUUUGACCUCACCACCCAAACCCUUCACCUCAGCUGCUUUGACCUCACCACCCAAACCCUUCACCUCAGCUGCUUUGACCUCACCACCCAAACCCUUCACCUCAGCUGCUUUGACCUCACCACCCAAACCCUUCACCUCAGCUGCUUUGACCUCACCACCCAAACCCUUCACCACAGCGGCUUUGACCUCACCACCCAAACCCUUCACCACAGCGGCUUUGACCUCACCACCCAAACCCUUCACCUCAGCUGCUUUAACCUCACCACCCAAACCCUUCACCACAGCGGCUUUAACCUGACCACCCAAACCCUUCACCUCAGCGGCUUUGACCUCACCAACCAAUUUCUGUCAAAAGGGGCAAUACCAGUUACUGAAGCCAUAAAGAGUGUUUUCCAAGACUCAAAAAUGGCAGACUCCGGCUCUUCUCCAAGCCUGUUUCAGACAAUAGUGUAG